AGAGAGAGUGAGAGAGAAGAACGCUCUCUGGGGCGAGGUUUUCCUCCGCAAUGGCGCCCAGGGCCGCGAAGAGCAAGAGGCAAGCCUCUCCUUCCAUCGAUCCCCAUGGUAUUUUCCGUGGCAUGGUUGUCUUCCUCUGCCCCACGGGCAUCCAACCUCGAAGGUUGCAGAUAUGGAAACAGAAGCUGCUCCAGAUGGGAGCUGUAGUUGAUGAUGGUGUUGGCAAGAGAACUACUCAUAUUCUUGCUGCAAACUCGAGUUCUCUUCUUGAAGUCGACCGUGAUUAUUUAAAACAGUUUGAAGGAGUCCAAAUAUCUUUUGGUACUAGUCCCAAAGUAAUUAAAAGAGAAAGGUAUAUCAAGGUGCUGGGUUUAAAUUGCCUAGACUCAAGGCACAAAGCGCAAAGUGCAGGCUCAAGCGCAUGCCUUUCCGAAAAGUUGCUUCUUUAUGCAUGGCUGGAGAAUUGCCUCCAUUCAGGGAAAAGGAUAAGUGAAGAUCCUUAUAUUCUAAAGUUUGAACCUGAUGGAUCUGAUAAAUCAGCUGGAAUUUUGGAGGAAAUGCAGCUUGAGUCACCUGAAGCAUGUUCUUCAGAUGAGGACUCUUUCAGCCACAAAAGAAUUAAAGUUUCAUGCGAGGAUUCCAAACCUGUUGGAACAGAAGGCAGCGUGGAUAAUCAAGACUCAACUUAUAAAGGAGAUUUGAAGAAUAAGGAUGAUGAUAAUAAAUCCACCCUUUACAGGCCACCAGAUUUAAACAGGAAUAUCACUGAGAUUUUUGGCAAACUCAUUGACAUUUACAGAGCUUUAGGAGAAGAUCGCAGGUCAUUUAGUUACCACAAGGCCAUUCCAGUGAUAGAAAAAUUACCCUAUAAAAUUGAGAGUGUUGAUCAGGUCAAACACCUUCCAACAAUUGGAAAGUCUAUGCAGGAUCAUAUUAAUGAAAUUGUGACCACUGGAAAGCUAUCUAAGCUUGAGCAUUUUGAGAAAGAUGAAAAGGGAGUAGAUAUUGCGGGAAGGAGAAACCUUGCUUUCCUUAGCUUUUAUAUCUUGGUGCGGGCUAUCACACUAUUUGGAGAAGUCUGGGGUAUUGGUCCAGCAACUGCACUAAAGUUAUAUGAAAAAGGACAUCGUACUCUUGAUGAUCUGAAAAAUGAUGAUUCAUUAAUCAAUUCUCAGAGAAUAGGACUACAAUUCUUUCAUGACAUCAAGAAAAGAAUUCCACGGCAUGAGGUUAGAGAAAUGGAGAUGCUUUUGCAAAAGGCUGGAGAGCAGGUUUUGUCAGGGGUAAUGAUUGUUUGUGGAGGAUCAUAUAGGCGUGGUAAAAGUUCCUGUGGGGACCUGGACAUAAUAAUCACUCAUCCUGAUGGAGACAGCCAUAAAGGCUUUCUACCUAGAUAUGUUCAACAUUUAAAGGAUAUGAACUUUUUGAGGGAGGACCUGAUUUUUACUACCCACAGCACAGAGGUAAUGGGAACUGAUUCUGGAGUUGACACUUACUUUGGUCUAUGCACUUACCCUGGUCGAGAGCAGCGACAUCGCAUUGAUUUAAAGGUGUAUCCGAGAAGUAUAUACGCUUUUGGACUGAUAGCAUGGACAGGGAAUGACGUAUUGAAUAGGCGGUUGAGGUUAUUAGCAGAAUCAAAAGGAUAUCGACUUGAUGACACAGGUCUGUUUCUGGCUGCUCAGGGUUCAGCCGGAAAACGGGGGCCGAAAUCAAGGGUGAGUGUGAGCUGCUCAACUGAGAAGGAGGUCUUUGAUGCUCUUGGAUUCCCUUGGCUCGAACCUCAUGAGCGAAAUCUGUAAGAACUAAUGACACAAUCUCGUGUAUAUAUCGUUUUUGUCUUCUACUUCGGUUAACUUUAGCGAACAUUUUCUAUGCUAUAAAUAUAUAUAUAUAUAUAAUCUUCAAGGUUUGUGAGGACUGAUGUCUUAUUAUAGUGAAUAUAAAUUACAGACAGGAAGUGCUUCUCUUAUGGUAAAUUUGAUCUGCAUUUUGAAAUCUCCAUUGCCAUUGGAAUUUUUAUAAUGUAGAAUUAUAUUU